CGGGGCGGCGGCGGCGGCUCUUCAAUGGAUCACGGGGGCGCGAGCUGCGCCGCGGGCAGGUGAGGCGGCGGUUGCUAGGUGUUGCGGGGCGGCGACGGCCGGGCCGGGAAUUUGAAGGUUCAGAAGCAGUACCAUCUCAGGGAAGCAGUAGCCUGUUGUGGGUCUCCUGAAGCAAUAAUUUAAACCAAUAAUAAGCAGAUGAUACCAGGUUAAUGGUGUUUGGUUCAUGUCACAGUGCCAUCACUGUGGCAACACUGCUCAACAGCAUCAACAAGCCAGGGACUUCUGCGCUCCCAAGUCACUAGGAAACAUGCCCAGCAUCUCAGCUGCCAAAGUGACUGCAGUCUCAACAUAAAUAUCUGUAGAUCUCUUAGCCAUGUCUGUUAGUGCAACAGAGAAUGAUCCUCCUAGAUUCUUCGUUGGUGGAGAAGAUGGAGAAGAACUGUUGGAUUCAGCCAGAUCUACGGAUUGUGAACAUUUCUAUGACCAUGGGGAAGAAGAGGAGGAAGAAUAUGACUCGCCACCAGAAAGACAGAUUGCAGUUGGAAUUUGUUCAAUGGCCAAGAAAUCAAAGUCUAAACCAAUGAAAGAAAUUCUUGAACGUCUCUCCAUGUUUAAGUACAUCACUGUUGUAAUAUUUGAGGAAGAUGUUAUUUUGAAUGAGCCAGUAGAAAACUGGCCAUUAUGUGACUGUCUCAUUUCUUUCCAUUCUAAAGGAUUUCCACUGGACAAAGCAGUUGCCUAUGCAAAACUCAGGAAUCCAUUCAUAAUCAAUGACUUGAAUAUGCAGUAUCGCAUACAAGACAGGAGAGAAGUGUAUGGUAUUCUUAAAGCUGAAGGCAUUUUACUUCCUCGUUACGCAGUUCUGAACCGUGAUCCAAACAAUCCACAAGAAUGCAACUUGAUUGAAGGAGAAGAUCAUGUGGAAGUGAAUGGGGAAAUUUUCCAAAAGCCUUUUGUAGAAAAGCCAGUUAGUGCUGAGGACCACAAUGUUUACAUUUAUUACCCAGCAUCUGCUGGGGGUGGAAGCCAGAGGCUUUUUCGAAAGAUUGGCAGCAGAAGCAGUGUUUAUUCCCCUGAAAGCAGCGUGAGAAAAACAGGCUCUUAUAUUUAUGAGGAAUUUAUGCCUACGGAUGGCACAGAUGUGAAGGUGUACACAGUAGGCCCUGACUAUGCUCAUGCUGAAGCCCGGAAGUCCCCAGCUCUUGAUGGUAAGGUAGAGCGGGAUAGCGAAGGAAAAGAAGUGAGGUAUCCAGUCAUCCUGAAUGCAAGAGAGAAGUUAAUUGCUUGGAAAGUAUGCCUUGCCUUUAAGCAAACAGUUUGUGGCUUUGAUUUGCUGCGUGCUAAUGGACAGUCAUAUGUCUGUGAUGUGAACGGCUUCAGUUUUGUGAAAAACUCCAUGAAAUACUAUGAUGAUUGUGCUAAGAUACUGGGAAAUAUCAUAAUGAGAGAACUUGCUCCCCAGUUUCAGAUACCAUGGUCAAUUCCAUUGGAAGCUGAAGACAUCCCUAUCGUGCCAACCACCUCUGGGACAAUGAUGGAGCUUAGAUGUGUUAUAGCUGUAAUACGUCAUGGAGACCGAACACCAAAACAAAAAAUGAAAAUGGAAGUAAAACAUCAAAAAUUUUUUGAUCUCUUUGAAAAAUGUGAUGGAUAUAAAUCUGGAAAACUAAAACUGAAAAAACCAAAACAGCUGCAGGCAAUGCUUGAUAUAGCAAGGCAACUCCUUGUGGAACUUGGGCAGAACAAUGAUUCUGAAAUUGAGGAAAGUAAAGCAAAACUUGAACAGUUAAAGACUGUGUUAGAAAUGUAUGGGCAUUUUUCAGGCAUAAACCGCAAAGUUCAAUUAACGUAUCUUCCUCAUGGCUGCCCAAAGACUUCCAGUGAAGAGGAAGAUAACAGAAGAAAUGAACCAUCCCUCCUACUGGUUCUAAAAUGGGGAGGAGAACUGACCCCUGCAGGCAGGGUUCAAGCAGAGGAGCUUGGAAGGGCAUUCAGGUGUAUGUAUCCAGGUGGACAAGGAGAUUAUGCUGGAUUUCCUGGCUGUGGUUUACUUAGAUUACAUAGCACUUACCGACACGAUCUCAAAAUCUAUGCUUCUGAUGAGGGAAGAGUUCAGAUGACUGCAGCAGCUUUUGCAAAGGGACUACUGGCCUUAGAGGGCGAGCUGACUCCUAUUCUUGUCCAGAUGGUAAAAAGUGCUAAUAUGAAUGGUCUAUUGGACAGUGACAGUGAUUCUUUAAGCAGCUGUCAGCAUCGUGUUAAAGCAAGGCUCCAUGAAAUUCUCCAGAGAGACAGAGAAUUUACUGCUGAUGACUACGAUAAGCUUACACCAUCUGGAAGCAUCUCAUUGAUAAAAUCAAUGCAGGUUAUUAAAAAUCCUGUUAAGACAUGUGACAAAGUCUACUCCUUGAUCCAGAGCUUGACUUCUCAGAUUAGGCAAAAAAUGGAAGAACCAAAGUCUGCAGAUAUUCAGCUGUACCACAGUGAAACACUAGAACUGAUGCUGCGCAGGUGGGCCAAGCUGGAAAAAGACUUUAAAACAAAGAAUGGAAGAUAUGAUAUUAGCAAAAUUCCUGAUAUUUACGACUGUAUAAAAUACGAUGUGCAGCACAAUGGCUCCUUAAAAUUAGAAAACACAAUGGAAUUAUACAGACUUUCAAAAGCUUUAGCUGACAUUGUGAUCCCUCAGGAAUAUGGUAUUUCUAAGGCUGAGAAACUAGAGAUUGCCAAAGGUUAUUGCACUCCUCUAGUUAGAAAAAUCCGUUCUGACCUCCAGAGAACUCAAGAUGAUGAUACUGUAAAUAAGCUUCACCCUCUUUACUCCAGGGGUGUUAUGUCCCCUGAACGCCAUGUUCGUACACGACUGUAUUUCACCAGCGAAAGUCAUGUUCAUUCCCUGCUAUCCACCCUUCGUUAUGGUGCCUUAUGUGAUGAGACAAAAGAUGAACAGUGGAAACGAGCUAUGGAUUACUUAAACGUUGUCAAUGAACUCAAUUACAUGACACAGAUUGUUAUCAUGCUCUAUGAGGAUCCAAAUAAGGAACUUUCUUCGGAAGAACGUUUUCAUGUAGAGCUGCACUUUAGUCCAGGAGCCAAAGGCUGUGAGGAAGAUAAAAAUUUACCAUCUGGAUAUGGAUACAGACCUGCCUCCCGAGAGAAUGAAGGCUCGAAGAAAACCUCACAUAGAAAUGAUAGUGAUGAGGAGGCACAUACUUCUAAAAGGGAUGAAACAGAUCGGUCAGUAGUGAUGUUCAAGCCAAUGGUAUCAGACCCAAUUCAUAUACACAGAAAGUCACCCCUUCCGAGAUCCAGGAUGAUUGGUUCUGUCGAAGAAGAGAGCCCCCUGAGUGUGUCUAGCCCAGAGUGUAUUGGUACCUGGCUGCAUUACACCAGUGGUGUGGGUACUGGGCGUCGAAGACGCAGAUCAGGGGAACAAAUCACUUCUUCCCCUGUCUCCCCCAAAUCAUUGGCUUUCACAUCCAGUAUUUUUGGCUCAUGGCAACAGGUCCUAUCAGAAAGCAAUAGUAACUUACGAACACCAAGAACUAUUCUGGAACAAAAGCAGAGCAGUCUAGGGUCUCACUGUGCGGGCCUGUUUAGCACCUCAGUGCUCGGGGGUUCUUCAAGUGCACCUAACCUACAGGAUUAUGCUCGUACGCAUCGUAAAAAGCUGACUUCUUCUGGCUUCGUAGAUGACACCACACGCGGUUCUGCUGUUAAAAGGUUUUCUAUCUCAUUUGCUCGACACCCAACCAAUGGUUUUGAACUAUAUUCCAUGGUGCCUUCUAUUUGCCCUUUGGAAACUCUUCACAACUCCCUGUCUUUGAAGCAAGUGGAUGAAUUUCUUGCCUCUGUUGCUGCUCCAUCAAAGGAAAACCUACAGGAGACAUCUUCUCCAACUUACAUGAGUCCACUGUCAGGAAGAAAAAUUUCAUUGAAUACAUACACCCCUGCAAAAAUCCAGCCAACACCACUUGAAACUUUGCCAGAAAAGCCAGCAAUAGAGAAACCAGCUUCAUCUUCCAGUGAAUCUUCUGUGUGUGUACCUGAUGUUAAGCUAUCUGUUGAAGAAGCCUCACUAGGUGAAGAACUUAGUAGUGACACUCUUUCUGAGAAUAAGUGCAUUUGAUCAGAAAAAACUGGAAAGAACUUCUUAAACGAUUUCUUAGUGCUCAUUCAAAUAAAUAAUUGAUCACGCAAAAGCCAUUCAUGCCUGCAGUUUAUAGUGCAUUUAAGAACCUUCUGUUUAAACAAGAUUGAUUAAUGUGCAUUGUACAUACGUUUGUCAAAUGUCUUUUCUCAUUUUCUACAUAUUUCAGGAAAUCCAUUUAUUUAUCAGUUUGAACUGCACACCUAUAAAGAAAAAGCUGCACAUGAACCUUUUCGUUGUCUUCAGAUAUUGACUGUAAACUUGUUCAAAAGUAGUACGUGUUACAGAGGCUCUGCUGAUGUCACUGUAAUGAAGUAUUGUCCGUUGUCGUUAUGAACUUCUAUUUUCAGGAGUUUAUAAUUUGCCCGCAAGUUUCUUUUGUGGGCUGAAAUGUAACACACAUCUUGGCUGAAAGCUUUUUUCUUUUUUCUUUUUUCUUUUUUUUUUUUU